AAGCACCAAUCCUGCAUUAUCUAAACUCUUCACCUUCCAAUUUUACAACUCGCCAUUACGAUCUGAACAUGUCUAGCGGCAGUACCAACCCCGCUAACACUGGCAACACUGGUGCCACUUCCCAAACCGCCAAUACUAGUGCUAGCACUAUCACGGGCACGUCCAACUCCGGUACACAAGGACCUAUGCAAACUGCACAGCAACGCGACGCCGCCCGUAUUGAUCCAGCAAACGUAGAACUCAUGCGAAGAGCGGGCGAGUCCUCUCGUGAGAAGCGCAAAAAAACCUUCCUCUUUCCGCUGCGCAUUCAAAACGACUUAGAUUUCUUAGCAAAGAUCUUUCGCCGCGCGCCAGGAUCUACUGUCUACUUCCACGACCACCCACCAGAAACCUCCGUCAUCCUCCCGUGUCUACCGAGCGGAGGCACUUAUCGUCAAGAUAUUUUUAUCGAUUCUCUCAGCAUGGAUUGGGACGAACGAGUGGAGGCUGCACAUAGGACAAUUUCCAAUGAAUGGUUCAGCAAAUUCAACAAAGUACGAGGCCCGUCCAUUGCCAACUGGGUUUCUUCUUUCCGCAACAACCAUCCAAGCGAAAUAAUUGGAGACUACUAUGGCUCCUUCAAUUGGAGCUGCCGUGUGCUCUUCAAAGACGGCGUGGAAUGGCUAGUACGAUUUCCCGUGCCUGGACAAAUUAUGGACGGGGACGAGAAGCUACGUCGAGAGGUCGCAGUGAUGCGCUUGGUCAGGCAGAAAACAAACAUCCCGGUGCCUAAGGUUCAUGCUUGGGGACUAUCAAACGACAAUCCUUUAGGUUUAGGGGCCUUCAUCGUGAUGGAGUACAUACAGGGCGAGUGCCUCGGUCAUCUUUGGCGAGUAGGGCUCAAGGAACGGAUACUACGACCCGAUAUCAGCGAGAGGGACCUGCGCACUGUGUAUCGUCAGAUAGCGGGGUUUUAUCUUGAGCUCUCGAAGUUGGAGUUUCCCAAUAUUGGGUCUCUAUCUAUCAGGGACGAUCAGAGUAUCCACUCAGAGUUAGGGCCGCUGACGCUGAAGAUGCAAGAAAUAGAGGCACAUGGAGGAGUUAAAGUUGGAGGCAAUCGCUCAGAAACAUUUCUAUCCGCAAGAGAGUACUUCGAAUACGUUGCCAAGCAAGAUAUGGGACAAUUGGAUGAACAGCCCAGUUCAAUCGACGACGCUAAUGAUGCUCGAGCUAAAUACAAGUUUCGCCAUCAGUUCAAUGCAAUUAUUCCACGCUUUAUCGCCGAUGAGCAUAAUCAGAUCAGCUUCAGACUAUUAUGUGAUGAUUUUCGCUACGGGAACAUGAUUAUCAACAACGCAAGAGAACUCAAGAUAAUCGCAGUAAUAGACUGGGAGUGGGCAUACGCAGCGCCGUACCAGAUGUUUUGCUCAGCGCCACGAUGGCUUCUAAUAAAGAAUCCGGUUCAUUGGGCAACACCUAAAGGUUCAGAAUUUGAUAGAUACAACUCAUGUCUACAACUUUUUCUUGACGAGCUUGAACUCGAGGAGAGCGAAAGAAACAAGGAUAAGCCGCAUAAGGAGAAGCUUUCUGACCUUAUGCGGAAAUCUUUGAGCGACGGCAAGUUCUGGUUCCAUGAAUUGAUAUAUGACUCUUUUACGAGUCCCGACAACCCAGCGUGGAAGGCCGUUUGCGAUAUCCAGCCUAGUUUCGAGGACCUUGCCCCUAUGUUGGAGCCGGAUCUCGAUGAGUUCGUUGAAAGGAAAAUGAAGCAAUUGGCGGCAUAUAAGGCAGAGUGCAGAGCUCGAGGAUUGUCAGUGGAAGCAGAGUCAUGAUUUGAUCUUGUAGGUAAAUGGCUGGAGUCUCGUUCGGUUUGGGAGCCUUAUUCUUUUAUCCUAAUGACAACCUCGACGUUCACAUAUCCGGUGAGUGGCUGAUGCUUUGAGGUCAUCCACUGGCACCGCUCCCCAUCGGUAUCAUGUGAAGAACUCCGCACGCGGACAAGUGGUAGUCACGAAAUACAAGCCCUGAACCU